AUGCAAAAUAUCAAAGAAGACAAAAGCACGAUUCCUGCUCCUAAUAAGGAUGCUAUAUUGCCGCCGUUGGCCAUUAGAUUUACUAUCAAAGCAAUGCAAAUGAGUAAUCAGGGUAUAAACGUUCCUGGAACGGCGAAACCAGGUCAUAGAGAUUAUUCAUCGCUUGCCAUACAAAUGGGAGUUAUUGUUGCGUUAAUCCAUUUAAUGACGGCUCAUGUAUUCAAAGAGUAUUACUUACAUAAUGGCCCACUAGAAACGGGUGAUAGAACUUCCACCGAUGAAAAGAAAUCAGCGAGCGAAGAGGCCAUAAUUUAA